GUCCGUAGCCACGAUGGAUGCAAUACCAUGCUUUCUGCUCGUCCUCCUGUUCGGGACAAGGAUACAAGAAAACACCGCCCUCCAGUGUUACUGUGAGCGCUGCACUGCCAACUCCAGCUGCACCACGGAUGGCGUCUGUUUCGUCGCCAUCCGCAAGUCGGGCACCCGGCUGACCACCGAGCAGCGCCAGUGCGUACACGAAAACGAACUGAUCCCGCGAGACCGACCCUUCAUCUGUGCCCCGUCCGUCAAACAGGACACUGGCAUUUACCCCAUGUGCUGCACCACAGACUACUGCAACAAAGAGCCCGAUGUCACAGUCUUGCCCGCAGUCUCUACAGUCCAGCCCCCUCCUCUGGGCCCCGUGGCCCUCGCAGCGGUGAUUGCCGGCCCAGUGUGCGUGCUCUGCCUGCUGCUGGUCCUGGCGUUCUACGUUUGCCACAGUCAGAGGGGUCUAGCCGGAGGGGCCGCCCACCAUCACCACCACCACCGGGUGCCCAACGAAGAAGACCCAUCCAUGGACCACCCCUUCAUCACUGUCGGAACAACGCUGAAAGACCUCAUCUACGACAUGACCACAUCUGGUUCUGGAUCAGGUUUGCCCCUGCUGGUCCAGAGGACCAUCGCAAGGACCAUCAUCCUCCAGGAGAGUAUUGGUAAGGGGCGUUUCGGAGAGGUGUGGCGAGGUAAAUGGCGUGGUGAGGAGGUGGCCGUGAAGAUCUUCUCCUCCCGUGAGGAGCGCUCCUGGUUCCGGGAGGCUGAGAUUUACCAGACGGUGAUGUUGAGACAUGAGAACAUUCUGGGCUUCAUCGCUGCCGACAACAAAGAUAACGGGACAUGGACUCAGCUGUGGUUGGUGUCAGACUACCAUGAACACGGCUCCCUGUUUGAUUACCUGAACCGCUACACCGUCACCGUGGAGGGCAUGAUCAAACUGUCUCUGUCCACAGCCAGCGGCCUCGCCCACCUCCACAUGGAGAUAGUGGGAACGCAAGGUAAGCCAGCUAUCGCUCACAGAGACCUGAAGUCAAAGAACAUCCUGGUGAAGAAGAACGGGACCUGCUGCAUCGCCGACCUGGGUCUCGCCGUCCGCCACGACUCAGCCACCGACACCAUCGACAUCGCUCCCAACCACAGAGUGGGAACCAAAAGGUAUAUGGCUCCAGAGGUGCUGGACGACUCCAUAAACAUGAAACACUUUGAGUCUUUCAAGCGAGCUGACAUCUACGCCAUGGGGCUGGUCUUCUGGGAGAUAGCCAGCCGCUGCUCUAUGGGAGGCAUUCACGAGGACUACCAGCUGCCCUACUAUGACCUGGUCCAGUCAGAUCCAUCAGUAGAGGAGAUGAGGAAGGUGGUGUGUGAGCAGAAGCUUCGACCCAACAUUCCCAACCGCUGGCAGAGCUGUGAGGCGUUGAGGGUGAUGGCAAAGAUAAUGAGGGAGUGCUGGUAUGCCAACGGGGCCGCAAGGCUCACUGCGCUCCGAAUCAAGAAGACCCUCUCUCAACUCAGCCAACAGGAGGGAAUCAAAAUGUAGACACAACUACCAAACACACACACACACCCACACACACACCUCUGACUGACAUCCAUAUCGUUAGCAUUACAACAUUAUUAUCUUCAUCAUUAUUAUUAUUAUUAUUAUUAUUAUUAUUAUUAUUAUUCAUCGAUUGUUCCUCCCCUUUGGUUUGGAAGGGAAGUGAAGACUUUAUUCCCCUCGUAUUCUUCUUUUCUUUUCUUUUUUUUUUUUCUUGUCCCCCGAUUUCAUUUGACAAACUGAUGAGUCCUGCACCUAAAACUGAAGAGCAGUGUGUGUACGGAGUGUGUGUCUCGCACCGUGCUCACAAACACACAAUGAAUGGGUGCAUAAACGGAUGGAUGCAUGGAUUGGAUGGAUGGAUCGAUCUUGAUGAAGGGAAUAUGAGAGGCAUUAAAGGAAGCCUCCGCUCAUUAUCCUCCAUCUUCUACUCAUCACAUGAAGUCUGUGAAAGACCCAUCGAGGCUACUAGUAUCCAUCUCAAGUCUCGCCUCCACCGCUCAUCACACACUCGACCAAUAAGAGCUCAGACCUCAUCAGGUAAACUAAAGACCAGAGAGGCAGCUGGGAAUCACCUAGGAGACCUCCGAGCUGCCUCACAUCUUCAUUAUCACGCCCUCAUUUGUAUAUUAGCAUUUCAUCCUUCACUUCAGAGUCAAGCUACUCUUGGGCAGGGCUGCACGUCUCUCAUGUCCUUUUUUUGAAUAAUCUUUAAUAAAGGAAUAUUCACAUUUCCUCUAAUUCUAAAGACAAAAUAUCACUAUCUGAUAUCUAGAAAACAUAACAGCAACAUACUGUAUGUUUUAUAAUGAAUGGAACUAUGAGCACUGCUCCCACAGCAUUGAUGUCAUGUUUUUAAGCUAAUUGUUAAAUGAGUUUGGCAUUUCACUGAUUGACACUGCUGGCCUUUUGCAAUUGAAGUGGUUUUUAUUUUAUAAAAAAAAAAUCAGUGAGUAUUAUAAUUCUAAUAAUUAUCCAAAGCAAAGAUAAGCUGUAAGGAAUAACUACUGAUAACUAAUGUUAAAAUUCAAAUAUCACUGAAGUAUUUCACUUUAAAAAGCAUUUAUCUGGAUGCAUUUGAAUAUUUUUAAUUAAAAAAAAAAAUUAAGUUCCAAUACCAAACUUUUAAUAUUCUGUGUUCAAAGAAAGACAAGUUCAGAUGAGUGUCUUUAAAAUGUAAAUGUAUUAAAUAAAUUAACCAGAUGAAUUUAGACAGAAUGUAAUAUAUUUUUCUUAUAUAUGAUAUAAUUCAUCUUUAAAUUUCAGCUCAGUUGUGGUUCAACUUUACAUUUAGAAAUUCAGUUAUGUAAAAAGUUCAAAUAGUUCUGGCUUGUUUUGGCUUCUAUAGAAAUGGAGUGAAUACAUCAGUAGAAUUCAUUGAAAGAAUGAAUGAACUGUUUCUCUUUUUUGGCUUGAGAAUGAAAUGACAUGCAGUGUGUUUUUAAAAAUAUAUGAAAGUAAGAGUUAUUUUCUUUGUUACAGUUCAGCUACUAGAACGAGGUCAGGUGUAUUUGACCCAAUCCUUUUAAUCACCAAGCUAACAAUGACUCAUGAUUGAUAGUAUUCAGAGUAAAGAUUAUUUAAGAAAUGGUAUAUUUGGAUGUUGGCUGCAGCCCUGCUCUCCAGUCAUAUAACAGUAGCACUGGGGACUGAAGUGAGGAGCUGGGAGUUAUGGGAUGGUCUGUAAGCUAGCCUGUGGGGUCCAGACCCUGCUGGGUCCAGACAUACGUUGGCUUCAUCUGUUCUUCAUCUAGUCGAGUUGUGUGCAGAAUCUCUCAUCUCUGCAACACCUUUGCACCUUUUUUUUCUUUAGUUAUUUCCCCGUCUCCCCUCGUAUUAUCAGGGAGUCGGACAGGUCAGUUUAAUUUAUUGUGUUUUUUUUUAGUUUUUUUUUUUAAUUUUCUGGUGGCAGGGGAUCGUUUUUGCAAAACUAAACUGGACAUGAUUACCUCAUUCAUUUUUGGUGAACAUGCUGCAACAUAUGCAAUAUACAGUAGAUAAAUGUGUCUAUUGUCUAUUUUCUAUACUCCGCUCUGCUAAAACCACAAACAGCAACAACAACAACAACAACAACACCAACAACAAUCAGCUGCCACCAUGCCUUCCUAGCCAGCUGUUACCGGAAAGUGCCAGUGCUUUAAAACACCCAACUCCUCUCAUGUCGGCUGCCGUGGAGUGUUUGUUUCUCGCUUGUAUGCAGCUCUGUGUGCGUGCGUGCGUGCGUGCGUGCGUGUGUCAGAGGAAGCCUGCAGGAGCCCUGCCGAGCAAACAGCAGCUCGUACUAUGCACACCCAAGAAGUAGGGAUGGAAAGCAAGGAGGGACACACGGCACGCACUGCACAGCACCCACAAUCCAGCCGACUCUGGUGCCAUUUCGUCAACCCAACCUCCCCCCCCCCCCCCGAACACCCGACCACCUCAGCAACAACUCAUUGUACAGCUUGUCCUCACAGUGGACUGAGUCUGGAACCUGAGCUUCAGCACCUCAAACUGUCUUUAGUUGGAGAAACGUUGCCACACAAAGCUCACGGCGGCUUUCAAAAAGAGACACAAAGACUUGUAAGCAUUACUGAUGUUGCCCUAUAAAUGUAAAAAACGUUUUGGAUUUCUGAUUUUCGUUCCUUCGUGUGUUUUGUGCAGCAGCGCAACUCAACCUUUCAAGCAUUUUCUUCUCUGUAGGAUAAUCAACAAAAAAAACAGUGAGGUACAUUCAUUUAAAUAUAGCAAACGGAUAUUUACUAAGCCAUAGGUUUUCCAGGUUAUUUUUUUCCUCUUUUUGUUUUUUUUUUGUUUUCUUUUUUUUGUGGCGAGGUCUUUUUCUACGAGAAUGUACAUUUAUGAAAAACAAAAGAUGACGAAAAAAUGCUUAAAAUGGACAAUUUUGUCAUUUCAGCUUAGCAAGCCUUAAGGGACCAACGCAUAAGAGCCAGGAUCUGCUCUUAUUUUUCUUUUUUCCGUUUUUUUUAAAGAAAAAAUAUAAAUAUAUAUACAUAUAUAUAUAUAAGUGAUGAUAUAUAUAAGUGAUGAUGAUCUAUCUAAAGGACAAAACAAAUAUACUGUAUGUAGCACCUGAUUUAACAGUUUGUUUCAGUGUGUUUGUCCUGUUGCCAAUAUUGCCAUACAUCUAAACCCAUUCCACUGAUUUUACACAUUUACUUGUGUUUAAGUUCCAUCUGAAGCACUUGUAAUAUACACAGGUCAGAACUAAAUGCAGAAGUAGUUACAGUUGAGUAGAGUUAAACUCAAUAUUUGAUCCAUCCAGUAAAUAAUAUCUCCCAGAGUCUCUUGAUUGUUCAGCAAUAAGUGCACUUCUGAACCAGCGCAGGGUUUAACUGUGUGGCAAUUUGGAUGUCGACGAGUCCGUCUGUCUCCAUCGUUUUUUCGUUAUGGAUACAUAAUGUAUUGAUGUGCUGCUACUUAGUUGUCCGCCUUGCUUUUCUGAGUCGAGGUGAGAGCUGCCGUUGGAUGUAAAUAUCCUCAGAUUGCCUAAAUCUGAUCAUUCUGUGCCAUGUUGCUCCGACGCAAAUCAAGCCCAUCGACAUUUUGGCAGGCAGUCCUCAGAUUUUGCUGAAGUAUGUGAAGAGUUGUUAUCAGCCAGCAUCCAUGGAAGUGCAGAGUCACACCCCCUCCCACUCCAGCAGCAGCUGCCGGGGUCUUCAUUUAGAAAAUGGAAAGCUGAAGCCUCUGUGGACCGUGGUUGAAAACCACUGUGCCAGUCCAUCACCGGGCAUCUGAGGAGCUCCUUCUCAAGUCCCAUUGAUGCCCACACAGAAAAUGAACCCAUUUCUUCCACUGUAAGCCCGAGUGUAGAGAGGAGGGAUUUGUUUAGUAAAAGAUGCUUGUUCUUCAUAAACCCCCAGAUAAAGCCUUUAUAGCAACUGAUGAUGUAAUCAUGUCAAUGUGCAAACUUCUAAAUGCAUUUUUGAACACAAUUCACAGAUAAUGUGUAACUUAGUUUCUGUGACUUGAAGACACCACCUGCUGCUCAUUUAUUGCUGCAAGUGAUCAAAAAUGUUCAUCAGCCAGAAGGACUGUAAGCAGACCUUUUGACUGUAAGGAGACUGUUUUGUCUAUUUGAAAGAAACAAGUGUGAAGAUAUUCAAACUUUUAAUGAAAGCUUUUAGACGCGUCUCCUCAUUAAUCAAUGCUGUUGCAUUUAGUUAAAGAACAGAUGUUCUCCCACUUUGAGCCUGGUUCUGUCUGAGGUUUCUUCCUGUUAAAAGGGAGUUUUUUCUUGUGGGAAUGUUGGGUCUCUUUAAAAUUAAAACCUGAAGAGUUCGGUUUAGAUCCUGCUCUAUGUGUAAAGUGCCUUGAGAUGACUUUGUUGUGAUUUGGCGCUAUACAAAUAAAGAUUGAUUGAACAUGACAAAAGUAAAAUAGAAACAUUUUGAUAGCAAUAUCUUAUAACUAAAAAAUGUACAAAAAAAUGAAAGAGCUAUUUUGGUGAUAAUUACAUAGUCAGUUGUUAUAGAGCCUAGUCAGCAAUUAUUUGUCGUCUUUUAAGAAAAUUGAGUUAAGUUUUAAAAAACCAAAAUUGUCAAAAUGCAGACAGUUUGAUGUGAUGUUCCCACCCGUGUAGUUCCACUGUUCAGAGUUGUCCUCGUGAAUGAAGUCUCUUAAAUAUGUAGAAAUGGUCGACGGUGGCAGAAGUGACCUUGUAAAUAUCACUAAACAAAAAGCAGAUGAAAGAUGAAAGCUAUCCUAAUAUUUGAAGAAAGUCAAGUUGGAUAUUGCUGCUAUAUGAAAUUCAAAAAGGGUGACAAACUAUGCUGAAUUAAAUGUUUUAAUGUGUUUGAAGAAAUUAAAAAAAAAAAAAGAAGUGGUCAAGCUAAGUAGGGCCAACUGGGGCUUGCCAGGGAAGACCAGGGCCAAGGAUUUCUCUUUCUAAGCCAUGUGGGUUUUGAGGGGACAGGAUGGGGACAGGAUGGGGGGGGGGGUUGCGGUGGUGGUGCAGGAAUCUCUACAUUUUUCAAAUAUCAAAAGUAUCCCUUUAAGUAAGCCCUGGCUAGCCCUGCUGGGCCUUUUGGGUGGGAUUGAGAGUGUAAAGUAUGUGUAUUCCAUUAGCAAUGUCAUUCUCUGGGACAAUAGCAACAACAAAAGCUCAACUCAACAGCACCUCUGGUAUGCCUCUACUAGGACAACCUUCUUUCUGUCUUAAAGUCACCAGCAGCCUUGUACUUUUCUUUUCAAAACCCAAGAUGACUUAACUGUAAAAAGACAUUUUUUUGCACCCAGCUAUUCCUCUCUUGUGGUCUUUAUACAGCAACUUUUCUGUCUUUGAUUCUAUCUUGCCUUUUUCUCUUGUCAUUCCAUGUUCUCUAAUCGACUUACAGAUAUAUCUCCUAGCUACAAGGGCCACGCUUCACUGCAGCCGGUUCCCUGGCUUCACAGCUCCAUUACCGGGAGAAUCCAUUCACAUUCAUCCCCGACCUUCUUUUAUUCCUCUAAACUCUGAUCCUAAAGCUCUGGUACGCUUGAAAUGAACGAAUUUGUGCAAAGCGUCAUUCCGAAAACAAACAGGAAACACUUUGGAGCGGUGUCUCAAAGGUAUUAGUGGUGUUGCACAAUGAAAAGUGAGGGAUGUCUUCUGACGGCCGUUGGGAACAGCCAUAAAGUCUUUGACUUGACGUAGUCGGGACGACAAUUCAGACGAACGUGUUGGUUUCAAGCGUACCUCUGCCUUUAGUGUUGAGACUGUACAGUAGUGUUCAUAAAGGGUCUGUCCCUGCAUUUGUCUGGAGGUUUGGAAUCAAAUCUGUAAAACUAGUUUUUUUUCCUUCUCUUCUUUGUGGGUUGUUUGGGUCUUGUAAAUUUUAUUCCAGAACCAUUUUAAAAUCAGACUUCUAAAAGAGAAACCUGCUGUACCUCGUCUUUGAGAACCUUACCUUGCUUUCUCUCUCCUUAGCUCAGGUUAAAGGGGGGGGGGGGGGGGGUUCACUGUUGAUAUGCAGCCACGUUGCAAUCUCAAACCUCGGUUCACCAGUCAACCCGGUUAAAAAGGUGGUGGAUGCACGCAGCGAUGUGACCGAGCCGUUUAGUGACUCAAACCUAAAGAAAGAGAUGCUCUCUGGUGAAACACGUAGCCUUUUUAACGCUGUGCUUUCGAAGCCGAGAGAGGUACAACAUGAGCCGUGCUUUUUUUCCUGCUCUGUGUGCGUUGAUAGAGGGCCAAAACAGGGAGGGGACAUUAACUAUGCCAGCAGCUCUACCGCUUCAACCACGCACUGAGAAAAUUCCCACAGCUGUGAAUGUAUCGGCCCUCCCGAGAGUCUCCAACCAAUCCGAGCACAACCCGCGUUAACUCAGCCCAAAGGUCGCAGCAGCAGCUUCCUAAGCAACGCAAAUAUCCUCCGCACGGGUUCCUUUCUAUCUGUCUCGUUAUGCAAAUUCCGGACCAAUAGCGUCUGCCCACUCAGUCCCACUGGAUCACACAGGUUACAAAUCGACCUAUCUAUGCUAGCAUGAUCCACACACUGUGACGAGGGCCGUGUUCAGAACUGAAACGGUUAGGGUUAUUUAUCAACUCCUCCCUUCAUGGUUUCCCUCCGUUGACUCAGAGAUGUAAGUUGCUCUCUGCUGAA